ACCUGGGUCCGUAGACUCAAAUGAAAAACAAAACCCAUCGGGCUAUCACCCUUUGUCACGCUCCCUCGCUUCCUCCCUCCCACCCUCUGUCCCUUCUUCCUUGCGAGCGCUCUCCAGAGUAGGCUUAUCACCGACUGCUUCGUCGUUUCGAUCUCCCAAUCCAUCAUCUUGGCUUGAUAACUAGGGUUCUCGCUCACGGUCUUCUUUCUUCGCAUCAACUUCAUCAAUCAAGAACCAUAGCUUCUCUCACCUGUAAAAAUGCCUCUCAGACUUGAAAUUAAGAGAAAACUUGCACAAAGAUCUGAAAGAGUAAAAUCAGUGGAUCUACAUCCAACUGAACCAUGGAUCCUUGCAAGUCUUUAUUCUGGAACUGUGUGCAUUUAUGAUUACCUGUCACAGACAAUGAUAAAGUCUUUCGAGGUCACCGACUUGCCAGUCCGGUCAGCAAAAUUUAUAGCUCGUAAGCAGUGGGUGGUUGCUGGAGCUGAUGACAUGUUUAUCCGUGUAUACAAUUACAAUACUAUGGAUAAGGUUACAAUUUUUGAAGCACAUGCAGACUACAUUAGAUGUGUGGCUGUCCAUCCAACACUUCCAUAUGUAUUGUCUUCAUCUGAUGACUUGCUUAUAAAGCUUUGGGAUUGGGAUAAAGGUUGGACGUGUACUCAGAUUUUUGAAGGGCAUUCUCACUACGUGAUGCAAGUGACAUUUAAUCCAAAAGACACCAACACCUUUGCAAGUGCCUCCCUCGAUCGCACUAUAAAGAUUUGGAAUCUCGGCUCCCCUGACCCAAAUUUUACUUUGGAUGACCACAUGAAAGGGGUAAACUGUGUUGAUUACUUCACUGGUGGUGACAAGCCAUACUUAAUCACGGGUUCUGAUGAUCAAACUGCCAAGGUGUGGGACUACCAAACCAAAAGUUGUGUUCAGACACUAGAAGGCCACACACACAAUGUUUCUUCAGUCUGUUUCCAUCCAGAGCUUCCUAUUAUUUUUACUGGUUCAGAAGAUGGGACUGUUAGAAUAUGGCAUGCAACCACUUAUAGGCUUGAAAACACAUUAAAUUAUGGACUUGAACGAGUUUGGGCCCUGGGAUGUAUGAAAGGUUCACGACGGGUUGUGAUCGGUUUUGAUGAAGGAACCAUUAUGGUGAAAAUUGGUCGAGAUGAACCAGUAGCUAGUAUGGAUAAUAGUGGAAAGAUCAUAUGGGCUAAACACAAUGAAAUUCAAACAGUUAAUAUUAGAAGUGUUGGGGCAGAUUAUGAGGUUACAGAUGGAGAAAGAUUGCCUUUGGCUGUGAAAGAGUUGGGAACCUGUGACCUUUAUCCUCAAAGUUUGAAGCACAAUUCUAAUGGAAGGUCUGUUGUUGUUUGUGGGGAUGGGGAAUACAUAAUAUACACAUCUUUGGCAUGGAGAAAUAGAUCAUUUGGCUCAGCGCUGGAAUUUGUUUGGUCAUCAGAUGCAGAAUAUGCUGUGAGGGAAAGUACAUCAAGGAUUAAGAUUUUCAGCAAAACAUUCCAGGAAAAGAAGAAUAUUCGACCAACCUUUUCUGCUGAACACAUUUAUGGAGGGGCACUUCUGGCGAUAUGCUCAAAUGACUUCAUUUGUUUUUAUGACUGGGCUGAGUGCAGGUUGAUUCGGCGGAUUGAUGUCAAUGUCAAGAAUCUUUAUUGGGCUGAUAGUGGUGAUUUAGUGGCAAUUGCAAGUGAUUCAACAUUUUACAUCUUAAAGUACAAUCGUGACACAGUUGUGUCACAUUUCAAUAGUGGAAUGCCUAGUGAUGAACAGGGUGUUGAGGAUGCUUUUGAACUCCUCCAUGAAAUAAAUGAGCGAGUCAGAACUGGAAUAUGGGUUGGGGACUGCUUCAUUUACAAUAACUCCUCUUGGCGACUUAACUAUUGUGUUGGUGGUGAGGUAACCACCAUGUUUCACUUGGACCGGCCUAUGUAUUUGUUAGGAUAUCUUGCCAGUCAAAGUCGCGUUUAUCUUAUAGACAAAGAGUUUAAUGUUAUGGGAUAUACCUUACUUCUCAAUUUGAUUGAGUACAAGACACUUGUACUGCGUGGAGACUUUCAACGUGCAAGUGAAAUUUUACCUUUGAUUCCUCAAGAGCACUACAAUAGUGUGGCUCGUUUCUUGGAAGCUCGAGGUAUGCUGGAGGAUGCACUGGAAGUUGCCACGGAUCCUGACUAUAGAUUUGAUCUAGCUAUACAGCUAGGCAGACUAGGUACUGCAAAGGAAAUAGCUUCAGAAGUACAGAGUGAAACCAAAUGGAAGCAGUUGGGAGAAUUAGCUAUGUCCAAUGGAAAGUUUGAGAUGGCUGAGGAAUGCCUUUUACACGCCAUGGACUUGAGUGGUUUGUUGCUCCUCUAUUCUUCUUUUGGUGAUGCCAAUGGAAUAUCAAAACUUGUUUCACUGGCUAAAAAGCAGGGGAAGAAUAAUGUCGCAUUCCUUUGUUUAUUCACGCUGGGUAAAUUGGAAGAGUGCCUUCAGCUGUUAGUGGAGAGUAAUCGGAUACCUGAAGCUGCUUUAAUGGCACGAUCUUACCUUCCAAGCAAGGUUUCAGAGAUAAUCACGAUUUGGAGAAAUGACCUCAACAAGGUGAGCAAAAAAGCUGCAGAAUCAUUGGCAGAUCCUGAAGAGUACCCUAAUUUGUUUGAGGACUGGCAGGUUGCUCUUGACAUUGAAUCUAAAAUUUCAGAGAAAAGGGGUACUUAUCCUCCUGCUGAACAUUAUUUGAACUAUGCUGAGAGAUCAAACAUCAACCUUAUGGAAAGUUUUAAAAGCAUGCAAAUUGAUGAGGAGGAAUCAAUACUUGAAAAUGGAAAUUCAGAUCACAGGGAAAUACAAGCUAACGGAGCCUCUGAAUACCAAGAAGAGGCUGUUAAUGUGGAUGUUAAUUCUCCAGACAGGAUACUUGUUAAUGGUAAUGAGGGUGAAGAAGAGCGGGGUGCAAAUAAUGAAGGAACUUCCACUGAUUGAAGUUAAUUGUUUGGGCAUACUCGGCUCUUGCAUCUCAUCACUAGUUUCAUCAAGACAGCUUGCUCCAGCUCUCAUAAGCCAUCUUCUACAGGUUGUCAAGUCCAGAAAGAAGCCACCAAAAUGGACCAAUUGUUUACUUGGUCAGUGAUUUUGUAGUUUAAAGGAUCCCAUACAUUAUACUCAUAUAUAAAAUACCAUUCUUGGAAGCUUCUCCUUGCUUUUUGUAUGUAUAAUAAUAUGUAACAGCUAUAAUGAUUGUCAGCGGUAUAGAAUAGAAAAAUUUUCUUUCUGAUAA